AUGAUGGAAGGUCGUGGCGCCGCUGAGCGCUCCGGAGACAAUGUGGAAUUCUGCACAAUGGGCAUGUUCAUUCUUGGGGGUGCGGCCUCGUUUGCAGUCAUCGGCGCCCGUCUCGUUGCUGGGAAAGAAAGCUCGCAAGCGGUCAGUUGGAUUGUGGACGUUGGCUCCGACUUUCCUCCGGAGGUCCUUGAGGUUAUAAACUCCUGGGAUACCAACUGCGUAAUACGAGAGGACCCCGGGAGGUUGACGACCAGAGCCUGGAAUGGCUACGGUCCUAACGAGAAGCGAGACUUCAAGUAUCUGACUCCCAAGUUGCGGUUGGAACCAGAGAUGCUGUCGGACGCCCAAGUGUUCUCCAAGACCUUCCACAUGGUCUGCUCUUCCUCCCGCUGUAUUUCAAUCGUUCAGACCAUCUUACGCCGGCGAGAAGAGCUACGGCAAGCGGGCAAGGCACCCUCCUCUGAGCACGCCAUGAAAAGGCCCGUAUUUGUCUGGGAGCCCGUUCCAGAUCUGUGUACCCCAGAGGAGCAAGAGCAGUUCCUUGCUGCAAACCAAGUAGUAGAUGUGGUGAGCCCUAACGAACUAGAACUCGGCAUGAUGUUCGGUCACACUGGUUGGAGCGAAGAGACAGACUAUGGGAUGGACAUAGUGAAGAAAAUCCUCGAUUCGGGGAUUGGGCCUGACGGAAAUGGACAUCUGGUGAUCAGGGCAGGUAAAGACGGCAGCUACUCAUACUCGAGGGCCCAGAGGGUCUGGCUGCCCGCCUACCAUCAGCCCAGCGCCUCAGAGUCGUCUCCGGUGGUUGAUCCCACCGGUGCGGGUAACUCUUUCCUGGGAGCUCUAACGCAAGGCAUGGUCGGUGCAGAUAGAGGUCCGGCCAGGAUUAUCGACUCGGUUCUCGCGGAGUCUACGACGUGGCAGAAGGCAGUGAAAGCUGGUUCAAAGCAUGAUCAUAUCCUGGCUGCCUUGAUCUUCGCUACUGUCGCAGCCAGUUUCGUGGUGGAGCAGAUCGGGGUGCCUCACAUAUCUACAUCUAGCGAUGGGAGGGAGCUUUGGAACGAAACUGAGUUCACGGAACGGGUCCGUCUGUACACACAGCGCCUGUAUCGAACAUUCGAAGAGUCUCCUCAGAAGCACUUUCAGAUCAAGAUCAACUGACCGAUUGAAGAACGCCCUUCUAUUGUCGUACAGCCCACAGGAUUAUGAAACAAAAACCGAUCAUGCCAUAGAAAUCCUCCACGGUUGCCUUUUCCCCUCUGCUCGUCAUCACACUGCCGUUCUAUGACUGGUUCUUCGCCGCUUGUUGUCUUUCGUGCUCAAUGAUUUCCCUGCUCCAG